CAUCCGGCACUGCCUUCGGUUUUUGCCCGACCGAUGAAAACAUCAGUGUUGGCUGCUAAUGCCGGCCUGAUUCCUGCAACAAUCAGCAAGAUGAUCGGCAUCCUACUGACUGUUUUCAAUAAAUACGGAUCAAACUGUUAGCGUUUACUGUAUCUGUUGCUAGCCAAAGCCCGUUUUGUAUUUCUAAACCAUUUUUGGAUCUCUAAUUUCCAGUAGAAGAAAAUGAACGGCUUAUCCAUCAGCGACUUGUGUGGCUUGUUCUGUUGCCCACCUUGUCCGAGCCGGAUUGCAGCGAAGCUGGCCUUCCUGCCCCCAGAGCCAACCUACACUCUUCUGCCAGACCUGGAGUCCACCUCACCUGUGACCUCUAACCUUGGAGCUUCAGGUUUGCGCUCCCGUUUGGGCGGAGGUGGAGGAGGCGGUGGCGGAGAAGGAGCAGGUGGUGGUGGGGGUAGUUUUGUUGACCGGAGUGGAGAAGGUCGAUGGAAGUUGCACCUCUCUGAGCGAGCAGAGUUCCAGUACUCCCAGAGAGAGCUGGACGGAACCGAGGUCUUCCUCACUCACUCCAGCCGUGGAAACAGAGUGGGAUGCAUGUACAUCCGCUGUUCCCCAUCCGCAAGGUACACUGUGCUGUUUUCUCACGGUAACGCUGUGGAUCUCGGUCAGAUGAGCAGCUUCUACAUCGGGCUGGGCACUCGUAUCAACUGCAACAUCUUCUCUUAUGAUUACUCUGGUUAUGGGGUCAGUACAGGGAAGCCCUCAGAGAAGAAUCUGUAUGCAGACAUAGAUGCUGCAUGGCACGCUUUGCGCUCAAGGUAUGGGAUCAGCCCUGAGAAUAUCAUUCUUUAUGGGCAGAGCAUUGGUACCGUGCCCACCGUGGACCUGGCGUCCCGUUAUGAGUGUGCUGCUGUGGUACUUCACUCACCCCUCACCUCAGGAAUGAGGGUGGCGUUCCCCGACACCAAGAAGACAUACUGCUUUGACGCCUUCCCAAACAUUGAGAAGGUCUCUAAAAUCACAUCUCCAGUGCUGAUCAUCCACGGGACAGAGGAUGAAGUCAUUGAUUUCUCUCAUGGUCUGGCCUUGUUUGAGCGCUGCCCAAAGGCCGUGGAGCCGUUGUGGGUGGAAGGAGCCGGGCACAAUGACAUCGAGCUCUACAGCCAGUACCUGGAACGCCUGCGCCGGUUCAUCAGCCAGGAAGUGGCUGCACAGUAAACGCACCAUUCGUUGCGCUCGCAUCUAUAAAUGGUUGACGUUUAUGGAAAGCAAACAAACCGAAUCUGGUUCUGGAGGCUUUUUUUUCUUCUGUAAACUUUCAGCUUUCACGUUUCUGUCAGCCUGUAGCUGAGUUUUCUACUGAGAAGUCCCCUCGACUUAACACCGAGAAGAUCUGAAUGUGUGAGCAUCGGUCUCAGGAUCUCAGUACGUCUGAGGCACUCACAGUUGACUUGGCUUGUGAUUUAUGUGACCAGGACAAAAAUGAAAUCUCAUUUGAACAGGACUAAUAUCUCUUUAUGAAGCUCUUAUCUCCUGGGUGUUUAUGUACUUUUUCUUUUGUAAGGUCUUGUGGGUAAGCAUAUGACCAGUCUGUUUUAAAAUAUAGCAUUAUCAAUUUCAGACAAGAACUCUCUGCUGGACAGAUUGUGUGUGUGUGUGUGUGUGUGUGUGUGUUUGUGUGUUAACCUUUUUUAGACCAUUUGCUGUGUUUGUGUGAAUGUGUUUUGAUUGAAACCACCUUAUCUGCUCUUUUGAGAGGAAUUACCAGUCAAAAUUUUGGACACUGAGCUUGUUUUUCAAGAUCUUAAAAAUCUUAAAUGCUUGAAAUUUGUAGACACCUAUUGAUUGUGCCUACUUAAGCAAUUUUUGAAAAUUAAAAUCUUAAUGCAUUUUCUUAAUGAAGAUAGGAAAGCAACCAGCAAAUAGUCCAGUAGACAUGUAACCUUCAGUACUGUUCAAAAACCAUCCCAGGAUGCUGCUCAUGAAGUUACUGAAUGUCCAGAGCUGGAAUCUAGACAAAGAAGCUCAGAUGUAAGACCGAUCAGAUGUUUAUGAACUUUUGACAGACUUCAGUUUGCAUUAUUUUCUAGUUUUCAUGACUUCACUAGUAUUCUAAAAUGGAUGAUAGUGAUGUAAAAAAUAAAUAAAUAAAUAAGUAGAUGUGUCGAAACUUUUGACUAGUAGUGCAGGUUUCAAUAGGUUUUGUUUACCAGAUGCUUCACUUUUAUUUAUUUUCCUUUUUUUAAAGCAUUGUUCCAUUUGCUUACCUGUCAUUUAAAAAGAAGAGUUUGGGGCCCAAACACUGUUUUAAGGAUGUGGGUAAAUGUCCUGAUUAUGGAAGCCCGUUUCUGCCACUAAAUAAAAAAAUAAAAUCCAUAUAAUUUUAUUUCACAAUUCUAACUUUUUUUAAUAAAAAAUUUUAUAUCCCGCAAUUAUGACAUUGAUAUGAACUCGCAAAAGUUAAAAUUGUGAGUUAUAAAGACUAUUUCUCCGGAUUGUGACUUGAUGUGACACAAUUCUGACUUUGACUUGCAAUUGUGAGAGUAAAAAAGUCAGAAUUGUGAGAAAAAUCUCAGAAUUGCCAGUUUAUAUGUCGCAAAUCACAAUUUUUACUUUAUAACUCUCAAUUGCGUGUUUUACAGACAGAAUUGCAUGGUAUGAACUCGCAAAAGUUUAUAUUGCAAUUCUCCGCGAAGAAAUUGUGUGUCAGAAUUGUGAGAUAAAAAGUCACAAUUACCUUGUUUUGUUUUUAUAUUCAGUGGUGGAAACAAGCUUCCAUAGUUGUUACAGUAUGGAUAUAUGGAAACACACUGCCGUUCAAAAGUUUGGGAUCUGUACGAAAAAAAAAAAAAUUUGUUUUUCAGCCAGGGCGCAUUAAAAUGGAAUAAAAGAAACCGUAAGGCAUUCAUAAUGUUAGAAAAUGUUUGUAUUUAAAAUAGAUUUGGGUUGUUUUAAACUUUGUAUUCAUCAAAGUAUCCUGAAAAAAGUAUCACAGUUUCCACAACGAUAUUGAAAGCAACGGUUUUUAACAUUUAAUAAUAAUAAUAAUAAUAUUUAAAAAAACAUCAAAUAAGAAUGUUUUCGGUUUCAAAAUAAACUUCUUUAAAAAACAUAAACAAAUCUUACCAACCCAAACUUUUGAACAGUGUUGAAUUACUUUUCUUUUUUUUUUUUUUCUCCCCUUAUUGCAUUAAUCUUUGUAUAAUCCUAAUUCACAUGUUCAUUCGUUUUAUCACUUUAACAAGAAACCGGUUGUCUAAAUAAGCAACAACUCUAAACCAGAGCCGCUUCUGUAAGACAAAAGUGAAGUAAAACAUGCGGGGGAGAUUAAACUCUUCCCUGGUCCAGUUGAUAUGAUAUUGUGAUGCAUCAGUGUAUUGUGACGCAUGUAUCACGAUGAAGUAGUUGGCAUUUCCAGCCCUAAAAUGGGGACUGAAUUUGUAAAUAUUUAGAUUUGUGAUCCUUUUUUCCACUUUCUCCCCACACUCUGAAUUGUGGUGGAGGUUAAUAGAUGUGAUUUUGCCCACUGUGAGCCCCUGAAUGACAGGAAACCUCACGCCACCCCCAAAACAUCACAAGUUCUUUCUGCAUUCAGUUCUCUUCGCUUGAUGUGAUGAUGCGUAAAUGAACUCUGCCGCCCGAGUCGACCCCAGACUGGUGUGUGAUUGACAGUUUUCUGAGCCGUCUCAGCAUGGGGUCAUGACCUCCAUCCACUGCUGACCUCUUGUCUGUAUAGAUGUCUGCGAGAGCAAGAACCGUGACCUUUCUUUUUUUAUAUAUUACCGCAUGCCAGGUCAUCAAAUCACAUUACUGUCGUUUUUGCUAUUUCGUAUCGCAAGUUUGGAUAUUGAGCUAUUUAUAGCAGCCUUUUCUCUCGCAAACAAGCCUCGCUCUUAUGUGGUCAAUGGAUAUAUAACACGAACUUCCAGAUCUAUUUUUUAUAAGGUUGACAAGUCUUUGCUAUAUGAACAAACCUUUCACUGUUUCAGAGCCAUUUUUAACAGGAUAGGUCUGUCUUUGCAGUCUGGACAUUUUUGACUUGGAGUGAUAGUUCACCCAAAAUUAAAUUCUGUAAGACCAUCAAAGGAUCGUUUCUGAAUAUUAUAAGCUUCUCUUGUUCCAUACAGUGAAAGGAUAUAGUGCCCAAGGGCUGUCAAGUUCAGAGAAGAUGAAUAAUUGGUGCAUAACCAUUCAAAAAUGAAAAUCUGUCAUCAUUUACUCACUCUUAUGUUAUUUCAAACUUGUAGGACUUUAUUUUCAUCGCAGAACACAAAAGAAGAUAUUUAAAUAAAACUGUUUUGACUUUCAUUGUAUUUUUUGCCCAAACAAUACAAGUCUAUAGGAACUAAAAUAUCUUCUUUUACAUUCCACCUUAAGAAAGUCAUACAAGUUUGGAAUGACAUGAGAAAAAAUCAAUCAUCAAUUAUAUAUCUUUUUUUUUUUUUUUUUUUUUUUUUUGCGUGUGUGUUUCUUUAAAUGGCUUAUGGUUAUGAUAAAUUAAUUGUAUGUUUUUUUUUUUUUCGUCUAUAUACUUCCACUUUAUCAAAUCAGCUCGGAAAUUCUUCAAUUUAAGACGUUAGAUAUGUUUGUAACACCAUGAGUGAGAGUAAAUGAUAUGAUUUUUCAUUUUUUAGUUGAACUAUCUCUUUAAAAGGACAUUACAACCUCUUUAACAUCUAGUUUGCUAUGCAUCCCUUAAAGUCUUUUUUAUCAUGACAUCUGUAGUUCUUAAGACUGUUUUUAUGACUGACAUUAAGACCCCAACACUUGUAAAAAUCAGUGUGUACUCAGGAACAUUUGAGGUUUAUUUCUUCUUUCCUUUGGCUGACAACACACUGCAUAUUUAUCUCCAAAAUCCUGCCUGUAAAACUGAACCUGCUUUACAUUGAUCUUAGGAACCACAGACAGCAGGAAAAUACAUUUUCAUGUUGACAUCUGUGUCUUAAACAGCAUAGCAAACUUUGUGUUAAAGCAGGUGGUGUGCCACUUACAGUAUAGUAUGCAUGUAAUCGAUAAGAUAUGAAAAGAAAAUGGACUUAUUAUAGCGUGUGAUUUUCAGUGUAUAUUAUAUGACUUUCUGAGAUUUCAAUAUAGUUCACUUUAGCCUAAUAUAUAAAAUUGUUAGAAUGUUAAUUUGUAUUUCAUUUGCUUUUUAGAGCUCUAAUGAAAAGGGUUAGUAUUCACAUCACUGAACUACUGAGCAAUAAUGUCAAACCUUUGUGAGAACUGGAGAGAGUACAUUCUCUGUCAGACUCGCACAAACCUGAUGAUGAUUGUGAUGAUUAUUUGAAGGGUUUGCUUACUUUCAGUAACAGCACAACCUUAUCUGAGAACUCUAAAAUGCUCUAUGCCGACUCACGAUUUUGAAUAGCGAUAUAAAGCUGUAUUUCACACUAAGUCGCAUAUCUGUAUCAGGAUUUGCAAGAAAAUGACUGUAUAUUUCCAGGUACACGUCUGUAUAGAGAGGUUAUGGUGUGUCCUCUUAUGAUGUAAGGUGUGUGUGUUUUGGAUAAUGUUUUCUUUUUUUAGCUGGAAGAUGUGAUGUACUGUGGUUGAGUAAUAAAGGAAAACCGUAAAGUUUCA